GAGAAAAAGGAACAAAAUCCUUAAUAUUAUAUACAUGUACAUAUAGAAAACCAAUAAGUGUGUACAUAUACGGAAUGGUCAUGUUUAAUGUAUGAUUCCAAUAAGAAAACAUUUUCUUAGGAAAUCUUAGUUACGCCCUUCUCUUUUCAUGUUCCUAUCGAUGCGCCAGGUAAUACUGUAUAAAAGUAUAUAAAUACUGUCAAAUGAAAAAGAAAAAAAAAAUAGACAAACACCAGCCCAAACUAAAAACCCAACAACUACAGUGAGAGAGAGACAGAAAAUAUCUCUUCCUUCCUAGUUCUCUAGCUUGAGAGAAAUGGGAAAGACGAAAAUGAAGAAAAAAGGUUUGAUGAUAUGGUGUAUGGCAAUGGGGUUAUUAGCAAGCUUCGUCACAGCCCAUGUCCAUGGAGAGAAGCAGUCUCCCAUGGCCGCCGCUGCCCAUUUUCGUAAAAUCAAAGUUUUCGAAGCCUCGCUUGUUCAACGUGACUCCGUCGUCCCUGUUUCAUCAUCUUCAUUAGUUUCUCCCUCUCCUUCACAGGAGGCGAGUCAUCCAAGAGUGUAUCAUGUGACAUCGUACGGCGCUGAUCCGACGGGGAAAACGGACAGCACAGACGCACUUCUUGAAGCAAUGUCGGCUGCGUUUCAAGGACAAACCCAAGGGUUCUUGAUGGAAGGAAUAGCCAAUCUUGGUGGCCCAAGAAUUGAUCUUCAAGGUGGUCACUACCUCAUCAGCCGCCCUCUUCGUUUUCCGGCUGCUGGCGCUGGAAAUCUCAUGAUUCAUGGAGGAACCUUGAAAGCAUCUGAUGAUUUCCCACCAGAUGGCUAUUUGAUUGAUUUGUCCUCAUCAUCUUCAUCAUCCGAAGCUCAACAGAGCAACGAGACCUCAGUAAAUGCUGAGCUUGCUUCUUCUACUUCCUACAACUACGAGUACAUCACCAUAAAGGAUAUAUUGUUAGACUCAAACUACAGAGGAGGAGCCAUCUCAGUCAUAAACUCACUAAGAACGAGCAUAGACAACUGUUACAUUACACAUUUCACAACUAAUGGAAUCCAAGUCAGACAAGGCCAUGAAACUUACAUCCGAAACUCGUUCCUCGGCCAGCACAUCACCGCGGGUGGCGAUCCAGGCGAGCGGAACUUCUCUGGCACAGCGAUCACCCUAGACGGAAACGACAAUGCUGUCACCGAUGUGGUCAUAUUUUCUGCAGCCACAGGAGUAAUGAUCUCUGGCCAGGCUAAUGUACUCUCUGGAGUCCAUUUGUAUAACAAGGCCACUGGCUUUGGUGGCACUGGGAUUUACCUGAAACUGCCUGGCUUAGCCCAAACCAGGAUUGUGAAUUGUUACUUGGAUUACACUGGAAUCGUUGCUGAAGAUCCAGUUCAGCUUUUGGUCUCCAACAGUUUCUUCCUUGGGGAUGCUUAUAUUGUCCUGAAAUCAGUCAAUGGGGUUGCAAAUGGGGUCAACAUUGUGGACAAUAUGUUUAGUGGGUCUGGACAUGGAGUUGAGAUUGUUCAGUUGGACCAAUCAAAAGGGAAUUUUAAGGACAUUGAUCAAGUUUUUGUGGACAGGAACAAUGUGAAGGGAAUGAAGCUCAAGGCCACAGUUGCCAAGGGAACUGCUCAAGGGAAUGGAACAUCAUGGACUGUAGACUUCAAUGGAGUUCUUCUUUUUCCUAAUCAGAUUAGGCAUGUUCAAUACACUCUAAGCACAUCAAGUGGUGGAUUCCCUAACCAUGUCCUUCGUAAUUCGUCGGACAAUCGCGUUGUUAUUGAGUCGAAUGUGGCCAUUCCGGCCAGUGUUUUCAUCACGGUUAAUCAAGUUCUAGUUCAAAGCUGAUUAAUAAGCUACUAAUUUCCUAACUGUCAAUUUGAAUCAGCUAGUUUAAUCUGCCUAUUAGUACUAGCUAAGUUAAGAUAAAAAUUCUCAAUUUUAUGUACUACAAAGGAAAAUACUCAAUAAAGUGAAAAAUACACUGAAGAUGUUAUGAAGAAACUUUCUCUGGUUUCUCACAAUACAGAAGUCCACACUUUUGCUCGGUAUAUUCAAUAAUGGCAAUUGACAUUUCUGGAAGAUUUUCACAUUUAUAUUACGACAAUUCAAACAAUUUGGUCUCCAUUAGUUUUAGAAGUGCUUCUUGAGGCCUUUUGUGUGGAUAUGUCGAUAUUAUGGAGAAAAUCCUUCAACACAACAAUUAUAUUUAUAUAAUACAGUA